GUUCGCAGAGUAAACUCAUAUUUCCUUUCCCGUCCGUCAAUUCUACAUUUUAUUGAGCUGUUUCUUAAUAAUAGUCGUCUGACCUCAAGCAUCCUCAGUGACUGAUGUAGGCAGCAAUGUCGCGCUCGUCUGCGCAUGCACAGUCGCGUUCGUCGGGCUGUAUUAUAAGAAGAUCAGACGCGCCGCGCUCAGCCUCUUCAGCACCGGUCCAGUAUCCCGAGCACACGCGCAGAAUUUGCACAGUGACUGUUGGUGUCUGUGUAAAGCUUUACAGUUACAUUGGCACUUUAAAUAAAGCAAUCGGCCAUGGGAAAGGAGAAGCUCCACAUCAACAUUGUGGUCAUCGGCCAUGUGGACUCCGGAAAGUCCACCACGACUGGCCACCUCAUCUACAAGUGUGGUGGGAUUGACAAGCGAACAAUUGAGAAGUUUGAGAAAGAGGCUGCAGAGAUGGGAAAAGGCUCUUUCAAGUACGCCUGGGUGCUGGACAAGCUUAAAGCAGAAAGAGAGAGAGGAAUCACCAUUGACAUCUCCCUGUGGAAGUUUGAGACCAGCAAAUAUUAUGUCACCAUCAUUGAUGCUCCAGGACACAGGGACUUCAUCAAAAACAUGAUCACUGGAACCUCACAGGCGGAUUGCGCCGUGCUGAUUGUAGCAGCAGGUGUCGGAGAGUUUGAAGCUGGAAUCUCGAAGAACGGUCAGACCAGAGAGCAUGCUCUUCUGGCCUACACAUUGGGUGUAAAGCAGCUGAUUGUGGGUGUCAACAAGAUGGAUUCCACUGAACCCAGUUACAGCCAGAAGCGUUAUGAGGAAAUUGUGAAGGAAGUCAGCACCUACAUCAAGAAGAUUGGCUAUAAUCCUGACACAGUAGCAUUCGUGCCCAUCUCUGGCUGGAAUGGAGAUAACAUGCUUGAGGCCAGUCCCAAUAUGACUUGGUUCAAGGGUUGGAAGAUUACCCGGAAAGAGGGAAAUGGAUCUGGGACCACCCUAUUGGAGGCUCUGGAUGCCAUUCAGCCUCCAACACGUCCAACUGACAAAGCGCUCCGCCUGCCUCUUCAGGACGUCUACAAGAUUGGCGGUAUUGGAACUGUCCCUGUGGGCCGUGUGGAGACUGGAAUUUUGAAGCCAGGUAUGGUGGUGACCUUUGCCCCUGUCAACGUGACAACUGAAGUCAAGUCUGUGGAAAUGCAUCACGAGGCUCUUUCUGAGGCCUUGCCCGGGGACAACGUUGGCUUUAAUGUAAAAAAUGUCUCUGUCAAGGACAUCCGCCGUGGCAACGUCGCUGGAGACAGCAAAAACGACCCACCCCAAGAGGCCGCCAUCUUCACUGCUCAAGUGAUCAUCUUGAACCACCCAGGGCAAAUCAGCGCUGGCUACGCCCCUGUUCUGGAUUGCCACACUGCACACAUCGCUUGCAAGUUUGCAGAGCUGAAGGAGAAGAUCGAUCGUCGUUCUGGGAAAAAGCUUGAGGACAACCCCAAGAGCCUCAAGUCAGGAGAUGCGGCCAUCGUCGACAUGAUCCCUGGGAAGCCCAUGUGUGUGGAGAGCUUUUCAGAGUAUCCUCCUCUGGGUCGUUUUGCUGUGCGUGACAUGCGUCAGACCGUUGCAGUGGGAGUGAUUAAAGGAGUGGAGAAAAAGACACAGACUAGCGGAAAGAUCACCAAAUCUGCUCAGAAAGCCCAGAAGGCCAAAUGAAUGUUGUGUUUGACUGCCAACUCCAGAGACACAUAUGGAAAAGCAGAGGUCAUCCAGCUCUUCUAUCCUAUUGGCUGCUUAGGUUCCAUAGUCAGAGACUGCUUAAUAGUUCCAAUGCAUCGCAAAAGUAUCAGAAGGAAAAAAAAUUACUAACAAAAGCAGUCAUUUAGAUAACACUAAUUUGUAUGUUGACGUACUGUAAGUCUUAAAUGCCCACCAUUGAACUCAUUUAAUAGUGUUUUUAAUAGUUGUGCUCUUCUCUUCGAAGAUAGCUGUUGAAACCAUAUGUGAUUUUUUUUUUAAUCUUGAGAGGUUUGACCUCUCCUGCUCUGGAGUGCAGUUUUAGCCUGGUUCUCAUAAUGUUGUCUUCGCUUGUUUUAGUGCUUGUUUGCAAAAUACCAUGUGUUCAGUAUCCACUGGUGGUGAGCUACUUAAAUGCCACUAUUUAGAAAAAAUUGAGAACCUUUAUGUUUAGCUUUGCAACACAAUGAAAACCUAAAAUGAAGCUCUUAAUCAGCCCAUGUCUGGGCUCACGCAAUCUUUGGUGCACUGACAGCUUUAUGUUUAGCACUUUGACUGGCGUAGGCUAACCCUGCACAAGCACUUGUUGACUUUAAUUGGCAUUAACUACUGCACCUUAUUAUAAAAAAAUAAAAGCUUUCAUGUCAUAUUAAAGAUGUCUCAACCAUAA